CCGCCCUUCCGCUUCCCGCCCGUGCCGGCGCUGCCGCCGCUCCGUGUGUGAGGGAAGGACGCCCGCGGGGCUCCCCAGCCGGCCGCCAGGAUGUCGUACAUGCUGCCGCACUUGCACAAUGGGUGGCAGGUGGACCAGGCCAUCCUGUCAGAGGAGGACCGGGUCGUGGUCAUCCGCUUCGGGCACGACUGGGACCCCACGUGCAUGAAGAUGGAUGAGGUGCUGUACAGCAUCGCCGAGAAGGUGAAAAACUUUGCUGUUAUUUAUCUUGUGGAUAUCACUGAAGUACCAGACUUCAACAAGAUGUACGAGUUGUAUGAUCCCUGUACUGUCAUGUUUUUCUUCAGGAACAAACACAUCAUGAUUGAUUUAGGUACAGGUAAUAACAACAAGAUCAACUGGGCAAUGGAAGAUAAGCAGGAGAUGAUUGACAUUAUAGAAACUGUUUAUAGAGGAGCCCGCAAAGGUCGAGGUUUGGUGGUAUCGCCGAAAGAUUAUUCCACUAAAUACAGAUAUUGAUGUUUCUUUGGGCUGCCUUUUUUCAUAAUCCUAUGUCCAGUUAAAUUUAUUUCUGUGUAUGUGUGUACAUAUAUGUAUAUUAAAAGAAAAAAAAAAAACCUACAAGUCCUUGAAUAUUGAGCAUAAAUUGAAUUAUUUAAAAUAUUUGAAUUCUGUUUGAGAAGUAGAAAACUCAAAGCCUGGAACUGUCUUGAAUAUUACUGCAGUAAUACAGUAGCUGAAUUUUGAGGUUUUCUUUUUUAAAGACUCUCCUUUGUUGUCCUUUUGGUAUUACAGGUUUUGUACACAAAAAGCCUGUUUGCAGAAAUGCAUUUUAAAUUGUUUCAUUUGCUUUUAUUACACAAAUAUCUGGGAAAACUAUACUAUAGUUUUUUUAAAGAAUAAAGUAAGUUCCACUUAUUCACCUUAAUUUUUUUCAGCUAAUGAAAUUUGACAGUACAGAUGGGUGCAUUGGGUGCAAGUCUGUAAUGUUGAAGAUGACUUCUGUUGGGAUUUCCUUGUGUAUCAUAUUAGUCCCCUGUAUCCACUAAAAAUGUGAAUAAAACAAGGUGCAUUUAUUAGUGUUUAGCAAAACUCAGAGAAAACAUGUCCUGUGACUUUGCUCACCACCACACCCUCAUCAGCCUAAUGGACUUGUGGUGCCAGAUUCCUUUUCCAUGGUGGCUGGGCACUCACUUUGAAGCACUUGGUGAAUUGUGCAGUGCCAAAGCACAAUUGCACCUCUGGAGCUGGCUACAGACAGCAGCUGAGGAAACCAAAAGCUGUCCUGUCACUUGACCUCCGGUUUGCCUAAUAGUAUACCAAAAUGCACGUGUACUUGGGAGACUUGGAUUGGAUUCCACUGUGGCAUAAGUUUUGAAAUUUCCAUUUGCAUUUCUGACAACUUUUACUGUAAUGGAAUUGGUAUUGUUUGGGGGCUUGUUUGUUUUUUAAACUGAUACAUGCAUAUUUACAGGAUUAAUUAAAACCAAACCAGGCUAGCUCCUUUCUCCAGAAAGAUGUCCCGUUUGUUACAAGACAAAGAAUUUACUUCUACUACUACCAAGUGUGUUGUAGAGGAUUUAGAAAGUGUGAAGAAAGUAAAGCAAAAGGGUCUCAAUUUCUGCUGAAGUUAA